AUGACCGACAAUUCGAAGCCCACGAUCGUCUUCAGAGCUUUGCAGUUGGCGAAUGAGCAGCGGAACGCGUAUGGGUUACGAUACAAUGACUUUGUUCGCUAUCGAAAACAUUGCGCCAAUCGUACACAUCGCUUGCGAUCCAGCCUCAAAAUGACGCACGGAAAGGGUCGAGAUUUCAAAAAGCUGGCCCCCUUGACCCCUGAGAUCGUGAAGGAUGGGCACCUCCAGCUUCUGUUAUUUGAAGCAGAGCGCGCCUGGGCCUACGCUCAAGAGCUCAUAACCUCCGCUCUCCAACCCUUUAACCAAGACAAAGCCAGCGGCCUCCGACACACCGCAACUGGUCGAUUCCGUCGUGCAGUGAAUUGGUCGACGCAACUUCUUUCCCUCUGUCAGGCCCUCUACGCGUCUUCCCGCAUGUCAGCAGAGAAUCUUAUUGAGGCGACGAUCUACACCGUCAUUCUGAAUGGCCGCUUUCUCCGCUACCGUGACGAUUUCGAAGAUGCCCUCAUUCAAUUGAGCGUUGCUCGUGGUCUUCUCGACGAUCUUGCGAAUACAGCUUCGACAAGCCGUGAUCAGGCUCUUGCUGUGCUUUUCUCUGACGAGAUCAGCCCAGAAAUUCGCUACUGUGCACACGAACUUGGUCGCGCAAAAGCAUAUGAUAUCAAUGGGGUUGUGUCCGAGCUUUCGCCCAAGUACCGAAACCAAAUAGUCGAGAAUUGUGAUAGUUUGGUGACGAAACUCCAAGCUGAAGAAAAAACCGUCACAUCGAAGCUGAAACUCACUCAACGGCUCUGGGAAGGCCAGCCAGUCCCGGUUCGCUAUCCCGAGCUUGUGGAUGUGUUGUUGAAGGUGGAGGAAGCGGAGAAAUCCCUUCGAUCUAUUCAGCUAUCCCCUGCUGGUAGAAAAGCCAGGUCAGGAGUGACGGCAUACGACUCGGUCCUGGCGGCUCUGAGUGAUGCUGAAGAAAUUUCCCGCAAACUUCAAGAGACGCAACAAGUGCAUGGUGCGGGGGCAAGUGCGGCUGGUGGCGGUGGAAGAGACAUCCGAUUUGUCCAUGCGUACAUCACGUAUCAACAUCUCUCUCGACGGAUUCAGCGCGAUUUGCUGCUCAUGAACACACUCUUAGCCUCUGGAGGCACUGACAAAUCCAUUCAUCUUCAGAAGGCCUCGAGCUCAAAAUCCAAGGCUCGUCCAGUUGACAAUCGCCUUUAUCCCGCUGUCGUCAAACUCUUGGACACCGUUCUACAAAGUUUAACGCAAAUGCGGACACUCAGUGUGGUUGAUGACAACCCCGAUCUUGCGUCGGCUGUGGAAGCUAGGAUCGCCUUCACGAACACUCGCCGCUGCGCAUAUCUUGCGCAAUGUCACGCCGCAGUCGCCAAAUAUGCAGAAGCUCUUGCCCUGCUUCAGCAUGGCACGAUACAUCUUCGCGAAACCGUAUCCAACCUGUCACUGUCCAAUUCCGACGUUAUCAACAAUGGGGAUCCAGCAUUCUUCCCCCUCAAUAACCAGGAAAUCAAGGAACUUGAAGGCACCAUUGCGUCAGAUGGUGUCCACUUCAAGCAGGAUUGGUUUGCAUAUAACGGCGGUUCAGUCAAAGUCGAUCCUUCCACCUACAAGAAGCCGUUGUUCUUCAACAUUGCAUUGAAUUACGUGGAACUUGAUAUGGAACGUCUCCAGCAGCGGGCUGGGAAAGAACCCACCCCUGCCCCUCCAACAACCACCACAUUAUCUUCCCAAACGAAGGUGGAGGCCAUGCCGGAGCGGAAGCAGCUCCCCAAAGCCAAGAUUGAACUCAUUGAGUCGACUGCUGAGCCCCCGCAUCCCGCACCAGGUCGUGGUGGUCUUAGCAACUUGCUGGGAGGAUGGUGGAACAAGCGUGGUUGA